GACAAGGACAGGAGGAGCGCGCCCGGAUCGUGCUCCCAGCCGACGAGGGGCUCGCGCCGGCCCGGCGCGCGCGUGGGGAGCGGCCCGGGGGCGCGGUGGGAGCCGGCGGCAGCAAGGAUGCCGGCGCGGGCACGAGGCCGCCGGCUGGGGGUGUGAGCCAGAGGCGGGCGCUGCGCUCGGCGCCUCGGUUCCGCGCCGCCCCCUGCCUGCGGGCCUCGGAGGAAGCCCCGCGCCUCGCGGAGGCGCCUCGGCAGCCGGGCUGCGGGGCCCCGGCCCAGCGAGAGGGAGAAGAUGCCGUUCCACCACGUGACGGCCGGCCUGCUGUACAAGGGCAAUUACCUCAACCGGUCCCUCUCGGCGGGCAGCGACAGCGAGCAGCUGGCCAACAUCUCUGUGGAGGAGCUUGACGAAAUCCGAGAGGCCUUCCGAGUGCUGGACCGAGAUGGCAACGGCUUCAUCUCCAAGCAGGAGCUGGGCAUGGCCAUGCGCUCCCUGGGGUACAUGCCGAGCGAGGUGGAGCUGGCCAUCAUCAUGCAGCGCCUGGACAUGGAUGGAGAUGGCCAGGUGGAUUUUGAUGAAUUCAUGACAAUUCUUGGGCCCAAACUGGUGUCUUCAGAAGGUCGUGAUGGUUUUCUUGGAAACACAAUAGACAGCAUAUUCUGGCAGUUCGACAUGCAGAGGGUCACGCUGGAGGAGCUGAAGCACAUUCUCUACCACGCCUUCCGGGACCACCUGACCAUGAAGGACAUCGAGAGCAUCAUCAUCAACGAGGAGGAGAGCCUCAACGAGACCUCGGGGAACUGCCAGACAGAGUUUGAGGGAGUGCACUCCCAGAAACAGAACCGGCAGACCUGCGUCCGGAARAGCCUCAUCUGCGCCUUCGCCAUGGCCUUCAUCAUCAGCGUCAUGCUGAUCGCAGCCAAUCAGAUCCUCCGGAGCGGCAUGGAGUAGCCUCCCGCCAGCCUUCCUGCCGCCAGCUCACCGCGCAUGUGCAUGCCCGCGGGCGGACUCUUCCUGCGCUCCGCAGAUCUGGACCUGUGGCCGAUGCAUUGAUGGUACCCUUCAGGAAAGAGCCCCAGGUUGCAGGGCAACCGGGAUUGCAAACCCACUCCAUCUCUUUGGCAGGGACACACAAGGGCUGUCUUCAAUGCUUUAAUGGUUUUGUUUCCUAAYGCAAUAAAUAGCCAGGAGUUCC